CGAGAUUAAGUGCAUGCUAGUUGACACAGCAGCACUCUCUCCCUCCUCGAUUCAAUCGAUCAAAUCCGCCCCAUCCAACUUCUUCCAUCCCGACAUCAUCCGUGGUCAUCGAGCCAUUACCGCGCAUUCAUCUCGACUUUUGACUUACCCUUUCGGCCACAUACUACUCUCUCUCCGGGCGAACGCGGCGAAUCUGGCAUUAUCCGAGUUGCACGGCAGCACUGUCCUGUUGCACCUCGAAAGCAUUCGAGCCUGCUCUGCUAAGAUUCAGCACAUCGCGCUGCGCGAGCCUGAACACCUGUCGUCAAAUACGAUACAACUCACAUUGGGCCAGUAGCAUACCACCUGAAGGGUAGCGGAAGCCAUCGGGCAGAGAUUGGCUGCUGUCCCAUCCUAGAAGCUCAGGUAGCAUCGAAAGCAGAGUCGUUGCGAUCAACAUGAGCUAUCAUCCAUUCAGCGAUAGCACGGAGGCGAGCAGUAGUGGUGGUAUUGGAGGAGCAUCUACAAUAUCGUCCACGGUGGAUAGUGUCAUGACGGGACGACCUUCGAUGAACUCUCAUCGAUCUUCACAUUCUCAAGAUUUGACAUUCAAGAGCGCAACAGGAGCAGGAGCGCAUCCUGGCGCGGCAGGAGCCAGUCUGUUUGGACCUUCGUCUCCUUCCACCGACAUCUUGAACGGAUCAGGCACCCUUCAAGGAUCCAUCUCUCCUCACGCACAGCAUCCGCUCAGUCCAAGCGGCAGUACGCUGAGCGGGACCAACACGAUCGGAGUAUCCAAGACUUCAGCCUCUCACGAUGAACAGGUCUUGGCAGCUUUACCAAUCUCGACUUCCUUCGAUGAAGCUACACUGCGGGCCUUGUGCGAUAUGGAGUGCGGAACACCUCUGUUGUAUGAUAGGAUCAAACAGUCCAUCAUCAGUGCUCAAGCUACCUCUACAUUUUUUAAGAAGAGGGCAACGAUCGAAGAGGACUACGCGAGGAGCUUGAUGAAGCUGUCCAGAUCAACCGCAGAGAGCUAUGCAGCCGGCGAAGGCAAGGCUGGUACCUUUGUCUCCUCAUGGCAGCACAUGAUGCGCACGCAUGAUCAGCUUGGAGAGAAUAGAUUGCGAUUCGCAGUCAAGUUGGGCGAGAUGAGCGAAGAGCUAGCUACGUUGAGCAAAGAGGUGGACAAGAAUCGCAAGCAGGCUCGAGAAACCGGGUUGCGGCUGGAGCGAAAUUUGCAAGAUUCGGAAGCGAGCGUGGAAAAGGCUCGCACGCGAUUCGAUGCUACGGCCGAAGAUCUGGAGAGGUUGCUCCUGCUCAAGUCGGGCGAGUCGACCAAGUCAGGCGAAAUACAGUCGUCUGGCCCCCCAGGCAAGAGGACGCUGGGAAAAGCUAUUGGCAAGAGCGGCCUGCUGUUCAAAAACAAGAAUCCGCAACAGAUCUUGAAACAGGAGGAAGAUAUUCGAAGCAGGACUUCGACGGCGAGCGAUGCGUUUAGGAAAGAGGUUCUGGCCACGCAGGGCGUCAGGCAGGAAUACUUUAAUCUGCAGUUGCCGAGGAUUUUAAGGGCACUCAAAGAGAGCUCAGAAGAGAUAGACAACGGCCUACAGUAUCACUUGACCAGGUAUGCCUUCCUCUACGAAUCGACGAUCCUGGGAGACGGGAUGGCAGUCUCCCCUAUACCCGCUGUCGAAGGCAACCCCGGCCUCAAGACUGCUGCCGAGUCCAUCGACAACAGGACCGACUUUAGAACAUUCAUGUCCAACUAUCAGAUCGUACAUGCGCGCGACUACAGAGGCCCGCGACGCGAGGGUCCUUACGAAGAGGGAUUUCUCAAUAACCCGGCGAUGAGCGGACUGGCUUCUGCCAAGAGCACUUCUGCACCGUCCACGAAGCUCACACGGCCGAUAUUUGGUGUGCACCUGGCCGACCAGAUGGCAAGGGAUGGAGUAGAGAUUCCGCCGAUUCUUGAAAAAUGCGCAGAGGCGAUCGAAGCUGUCGGAUUGCAGAACAUGGGCAUCUACAGAUUAUCGGGAACAACGUCCAAAGUGCAAAAGCUCAAGGGAAAGUUCGAUGCAGACUGGAACGGCGUGGAUUUGAUGAACGAUGAAGCUAUCAACGAUAUCAACAUCGUCGCUGGUUGCCUCAAGCUUUGGUUCAGAGAAUUGCCGGAACCGCUCAUGACUUGGGAGCUGUAUCAGGGCUUCAUCGAUGCUGCUAAGGUGGAGAACGAUCGGCUGCGGCAUAUACGGAUGCACGAGCGCGUCAAUGAUCUGCCCGACGCGAAUUACGCGACGUUGAAGUACCUGAUGGGUCAUCUGGACAAGAUCCGAUCCGAAUCGGAUCACAACCAAAUGUCCAUUUCGAACCUAGCCAUCGUCUUUGGGCCCACACUUUUGAGCCCUCCUCCUGCUGAUCUGUCAACGCACCACGCAUCCAACGGGACAGGUCUGGGCGAUAAUGCUGCCAAUGCUGGAGGCGCGGAUGCUGCAGCUGGAGCGCUGGGGGGAGCUCAAUUGCAGGAUAUGAGCUGGCAGUGCAAAGCGGUAGAGACCAUCCUGGAAAGAUAUGCCGCCAUCUUUGUGGACGAAGGCGAGGAAUGAGCAUGGCCCGCUGGCUGAUUAGCCUCGCUAAUUUGCCGUGGCCCUCUCUCUCUCUCUCUCUGCCGCAUUUGCCAAGUCAGCCCCUCCCCACCCCACAUACCAUUUUUUUUUUGCCGCUUUUCACCACACUUUGGACUGGGGAAACAUUGCUCGCUUGCUCGCCCGUCUCGUCGUCGUCGUCGUCGUCGUCGUCUGUGUUUGUAAACUCGAUCUUGCUCUUUUGACCUCUUUUCCUUGUUGGAAAUGGAUGCUCGC